CAAUUCAGUCUCGAGUGAACCUUGAACCGUGCCGGGUGUUUUUACUCCUCAGUCAGCGCCAACGAGUGUGUGCAAAGCGCGCGCGGAGAUUCCACAAGUGUGUGCCUGAACGAUUGAUAGCAAUACUACUUGCAAAUACACAGCUACUAGGGUGCCGUUUGAUUAUGAAUCGUGUACCCUUAGUAUAGAUGAGAAUCCAAAGCGCAAUCUGCUUGCGAUGUGUUGUUUUCCAAGUUGCUUAGUGUGAUACUUCAUUCAAUUAUUUCAUUCGGGGCGAAGUAACGACAUGUGUACUUCUAAGAAAAGUGUUUAGUGUUCAGGCGAUGUGAUAUAGUUGGACCAUGAAAUAACAGGGACACCCUAAUGCAUAAGUGUGUUAAUGGGAGUGUUGAACAGCAGUUGGGUGAAGCAACUGGGGAGCAGCUACAUAUUUGAGUGAGGUCCCCGAAAAAUAAGAAACAAAUUGCGACGGAGUGGAAGAGAGAAACAUCCAAACGACGACGAAACGGGACCGAGAAGUCAAGUCUCGGUGCCAACACGAAAGGCCCCCAGAAGUCAGCGAAUGGCGAGGCAGAACGAAGAAACGGGCAGAAUUCAAGAUAUCGGAAUCGGAAGGGCUGCUCGUUGCUGUCUCGAAUAUCAGUAACAAAACCGGUGCUGGAGAAGAAAACGAUAAAACCAGAUGAAAGCUUCUUAAGUGGAAACGUAUAAAAGAAGUUAAAUUCAGUGAUUUUUAAAAUGUUCCCUUGAAAUGCAUUCUACACAGUGCAGUGUGGCGCGAAGGAGCUUAAAGUGAAUUCGAAUAACGAAGAAGACAGAACUUACAUACUUGCAAGGUCAGCGAAAGGGUUGCCCAGUUCCAGACUAAUACCCAAAUUCCGUGUCCGCUUCCUCGCAACAUAUGGCGGACCCACUUCCAUCCACGUUCUCAAACGGGUUCGCGACGUUAGGCAUAAGGACGUAAGGCAUAAAUCUGUUUGCAUACGGUGACGACGUUGUGCAUUUCAGUGCCCCUCGAAAGCAGCCACCACAAACGCCAAUCAUCGUCAAACGAGUGAUUUAUGUGAGCACACUUCCUGAGGCACACACAAGUCCCCAAAAAUCCGCGACAGCAUAGUGUCUCCGCCCACGUUCACAUUCGGUGGUGAAUGCAAAUUUCCCUAAGCCCAUCAGCAAAGUGUCCGGCAAAUCCGGCCAUCAUCGUCACCAUUAUCAAGAAGAGCGUGAAGCUUGGGUACACAAAAAAACCUAAAAGCGGGUCGUCGUCGUUGUCGUCUUCGUCAAUCAGAAAAGCCUCGUGAAGACAGAGAAAAAAGUGUGCUAAGUUAGUGUGAUGUUAGGAAAAAGUUGCACCUCGUCGAAGUCGAGUUCGAUGCGGCAGCAACAGCAGCAGCACCAAAAGUUCAGAUGAAGUUUCUGACAUGGAUGGAAAAGAGGUGGAAGUUUUAUGUUUUAUUUGCUUCCGAUCAAAGUUUUCUGAAUAGCGUGCGGCCAUGAGUGGGCGUUGAUCGCGCCAGUGUUUGUGUGCCCCAAGCACUUUCCAUACGUUUAAGUCAUUCAAUUUGGAAAAGUUUAUUUUCCGCUCCACAAAAUCUGUGCAGCGAUCUGUAGGGGUUGAGGAAGUUCGUUAUAGUGAAUGAGCAACAAUGUGUCAAAUGAAGAAGGAAAUAAUGCAUAAUCAGUGUCAUAUUAGUUGGAGGAAGAUGUGGCAGCCAUCUGUGAUAUAUUUGUUAGUGAUCGUACAAACUGCCGGCUGGUGGAGGUUGGGGCAAGCAAGACCUAGUGAAGCGAACGACAUGUAUCGCGACCUACUUAGCCAGAACGGUGCCCCCGAAAUCGAAUCGUACGAACCGGAGGUGGAACUGGCAGCAGGCAUCACUUACGAGAUGACCUGCAAAGCCAGCGAACCCAUCCGAUGGCUCAUCAAACGCACAGAACAAGAGGAUAUUGAGGCACCUUUAAUCGCGACCGAAUCUAUCACCACAGACGAUAAGAACAAACCGUUCGGUAUCAAGGUGACGAUUCCCGAGACUUCGGCCGAAGUCGUUGGUCGGUACUAUUGUAUCUACGAGUCAGUCGACAACUUGGACCCUGACGUUAACUUGGAAGACCAGGAAGCUGAGUACAAAGCAACCAGCACAUAUAUCUUUGUCAAGGAUCCCAAGAGCCCACUUGUUCCAGUAACCCAUCUCGUAGUCUCCGCCCAACAGUACGAGGAUGUCGUUAUACCUUGUAAGCCAUCGUCCAAGGACGUCAUGGUCGAAUUGGUCAAAGAUGAACAGGAGAUGCAAAUUGACAACUACAGAUAUUCCGAAUCGCUGGGGUUCGUUCUGAGACCGUACCGUCUGGAGGAUGGUGGCCACUACAUCUGCCGGGCCAAGGAUGACCCGAACGGAGCCGUACUCUACAUCCAGAUGGACGUCAUGGAAUCCUAUGAUUUCGAACAAGCAAUUACGGAGUAUAUCCAGAAGCCUCGAAUCGAGUUCAACGGUACGCAACAUUUUAAGGAGGGCGACACCAUCUCGUUGAACUGCCUAUUGGACGUUGCCGAUACGGUAAAGUUCGACAUGAAAUGGAAGCUGCCAGACAAAGUGGGAAUUGACAACCCCAGAGUAAGCAUCAGCCGAAUGUCGGCUAUUGCGCUUCCAGAACGUCCAAACUACCUAUUGGGUCGAUCGACUUUGACCAUUACCAAUGCAAUGGAGAGCGAUACCGGCUACUACCAGUGCAAUGUGACCGACCACAACUCUCACACGAACCAGAAGUCGGUCCAGGUUUACGUCGUGAAACAGGCGGACAUCGGCUUCAUAGAACUGUAUGAAGACAACAAGCUCGAUUUCAUCAACAUCACCAGCCGGCGGGAUAUCAAAAUAGUCAUCAAGUUUAAGGCUGUCGUCCAGCCGGAGUUCUACUGGACCAGGGACGAUGACCCGGAACCGCUGGAAAUCGGCGAACGCUACACGAUAGCGGAAACAAAUCAGAAAAUUACGCUUACGAUUAAGAGAUCGACCAUUUCCGAUACGGGGACGUACACGCUGCAUGCAAAGAAUGAGCACACGUACAACAGUUUUUCAAUGAAGGUGUACGUUAGAGAGAAACCUGUCGUGUCUAUUAGUCCAAUCUACGCGCGACCGGGAGAAAGGGUCACAUUUGUAUGCACUGCCGUCGCCUAUCCUCAACCAGCAAUGCGGUUCGCCUUCAUCCCAUGUACGGGGACUCCCUGGAAGAACUGUUCCCAGUCGCUGAACAAGGAACAUGCCAAGCAUUAUCCAAAGAAUUCGCGACUAGUGGCCUGGCCCAUAGAGGACGAAGUUCUAAUGCGAACGGGCAAGCGUCUGGACGACAGCGGUAGACAACAGGACAUCAUCACCACGGAGCAGUACGAAAUGCAAGCCGAAACCGCCGGUUACAUCGGAUGUUUGGCCGUGAAUGGCUACGGAGAAGACUUUGUGAAGGCCGAUCUACUGAUCAGUGAUUUGAGCAAGCCGGUUGUGGUGGAGAAGCUGUCCCCUGAUGAAGAUGUUACAAUCGGCGAUGAAGUGAUAAUCGAAUGCGCCGCAGUGGUGUACAACCAUACCGACGCGAUCAAAUUCUUCCGCGAUGAUGUGCUGAUGAGUGGACUUGAUGGAAUCACUAUAGAAAAAGAUUACAGAACGUUUGCCUAUCGGACGAAGUUGAUUAUCCAUAGUGUCGGUCGGGAACACGAGGGCGUAAUUCGAUGCCAAGCGCCCAUGAUCGACUCGAACGACACGGACGAAGACGAGCUGAGGUUGGAUGUAUUUGAACCAACAGAUCCAGUGAUCGUGGACGAAAAUGUCCACGAAGAACUGGAAAUGGAAAUCGGAGAUCGACAUACGUUCUCUUGCAAUGUGGAGGGAAUGCCGAAACCAGUGAUUGAGUGGACCAAGGAUGACGCGUUUGUAAUCUUUGACAACGAUACGAUAAUUUUGCUGCCUAAUGGAAGUAUACAUAUGCCGUUCCUAAAAGUGGAGCACUCCGGUGACUACAAGUGCUACGCUAGGAACAAGGUUGGACACGCGGAGAAGCUUUGGAGCUUGCGGGUGAAAACCGUUACGAUCCGAAUGACCUGGGUCUAUUUGGUGAUUUCUUUGAUAGCCAUCUUGGUUAUUGCAGUUGUGCUCAUAUCCAUGUUCUAUUAUAAGAAGAAGAAAGAAGUGAAGGAAAUGAAGGAGGCUGGGUUAGCUCACUUCGAAGAGGGUGACCUGGAACAAAUGAAUCCGGAGAUAUCGCUGGAUGAGCAAGCAGAUUUACUUCCCUACAAAACUGAGUACGAGUUUCCGAAGGAAAGGUUAAAAAUGGGUAAACAAUUGGGUGCAGGUGCGUUUGGUGUGGUAAUGAAGGCCACCGCAACCGGCAUCAUGGUCAACGAAGAUGAAACUGUAGUGGCCGUCAAGAUGGUGAAGAAGCAGACCGAUAAUGAAGUUAUGCGGGCGUUAAUUUCCGAACUUAAAAUCAUGGUACAUCUGGGGCAGCAUUUGAACGUAGUGAAUCUACUGGGAGCGGUUACGAAAAACAUCGCCAAAAGAGAACUCAUGGUGAUCGUGGAAUACUGCCGUUUUGGCAAUGUUCAAAACUUCCUGCUGAAGCACCGACCUUACUUCAUCGAUCAGGUCAACUCCGAAACAGGUGAAAUUGACUCGAGCAUUGACACAAAUAAGCUAAGGUGGUCAGCCGCAGGUUAUACGUACAACAGCAAUUCGGCUGGAUACACGAAUCCGAAGAACCACCUGAACUCCAAAGGAUAUGUGCGGCAUUCCGGUGUGCAGAAUAUGGCAAUGGUCGAUAGCUGUAACACGGAAGCGACCAUCAUGACCUCCGUCGAAGGUUAUGAUCUAAAUUCUGCCAAUACCGCCAAUACGGCCAACACUAACACCACCUCCAACUCGAAUGAACCACUCUGGCGAUCCAAUUACGGUAUGGACUACAAGGGUCCCGCUAGAUCGGUAACCACUACGGAUCUGGUGUGCUGGGCCUCGCAGGUAGCAUGUGGCAUGGAAUACCUUGCCUCCAGGAGGGUCCUUCACGGGGAUCUUGCUGCUCGUAACAUACUUCUUUGCGAUGACAACGUGGUGAAAAUAUGCGACUUUGGUCUCGCUCGUUCCAUGUACAAGACCGAGAACUACAAGAAAAAGGGAGAAGCUCCUCUGCCAUUCAAGUGGUUGGCGCUGGAGUGCAUUAGCGAUAAUGUCUUCGGCACGUAUUCGGACGUAUGGGCUUACGGCAUUGUGCUAUGGGAGUUCUUCUCAUUGGCACGGGUGCCCUAUCCGGGCAUGGAAGCGAACCAGGAACUGUACAAUAAAUUACGCGACGGAUACCGCAUGGAUAAGCCACAGUACGCCAAUCAAGAUAUUUACGACAUUAUGCUGAAUUGCUGGAAUGUGAAACCUGAUUCGCGACCCACGUUCAAAGAUCUGAAGAGCCGAUUCAACGCAAUGCUUCCGGAAGAAAUGCGAAAUCACUAUGUCGAUCUCAACGAGCCAUACCUGGCUAUGAACGCCGAGAAAGAGCAGAGAGGAGAACCAGACUACCUUGCAAGUCUAGGGCCACCAGAAGAACAGGCACCCAAAGCGCCACCCAACUAUGUCAAUGGAAUCAUCUUACCUUUACCGCCAAUUUCAGACAAACCGGACUAUCUCCAGAUGACCAAGUCCGACUCGGACGACAGCCAUUUUGAUUUUGCCUCAUUCAAUAACAGCCAACCGUCCCCCACGUUGAAGAACAACCUGGACUCAAGCCCGCAGCAGAGCGGCAAACGCCACAAAAAGAAAGCCAUACCCGAGGAAAUACCGAUGUUACACAACCGUUCCGGUGGCAGCCACGGAUUCAACUCGGACUCGGAAACAGAACCAACCAGCCCGGUGCCAAUGGUUCGCACAACUAAACUGGUCCAUCCGGAGCACGAAUACACCAACCUGAAGCGGCUGGACAAAUCCGACGGCACGAACGGAACCGAGCCGGGAAAGGACGCAUUCAGUAACCCCGGCUACGUGGUGGUCAACACGAGAUUGAAGUAGAUUUAGUGAAUCAUUUCCAAGAGCGGGAAUUAUUUUUACUUAUUUUGGACUGAGGCGAAGGACGCGGAUGUCGAAUGUACGCUUGAAUGUUCUUUGAGAAUAGAGUAUUAUAAUAGAGCGAUUAUAUCUAUUUACUACUUGAGCAAGUGUGUUAGUUUUGUAUGUUUAUGAAUAGUAUGCUUACGGGACACGAAUGAUUGUUUCACACUCGCUACGAGUGGGAAAAGCUUUUUAAGAAAAUUUCUCACAUAUUAAUGCCUUAAGUGUUUUAGAAACUAUUGGAUAUUUUAUUAUUACAGAUCAGAAUAGAUGUGUAUAAAUUAUUGUA